UUAUUUUAUUUUUUUCUCGGACGACAAGUACUUCUGAGUGCGUUGUUGACCAUAGGGAUAGACCGAUCGAAUCAGAACGUUCAAGUUAGCAUGCACUUGCCCUUCCACAACCUUUUCUUAAUUCGCUGCCUAAGUGGGCACCGGGCCAUGUGCAGAAUGUACUUCAAUAGAUACGCAUUCAAUUUUCCACCACGUGCAUGGGAAUUGGUCAUUGACACUGAGUCGAGUCGUCAAAGCAACAACUAAUGGCACAACUUCUCAAACAGGCAUCUCAACUUUCUCUUCACACCGGGAGUCUUGCUCCUCAAGCGAGAGCAACUGACGCGCAAUCCAAAGCCGUACACUUGCCCGAAAUUCUUAUAUACGUGUUUCAAGAAUGCGACAAACGCACCCUGGCAUCCUGCGCAAGGGUCUGCAAGACGUGGAACACGUAUUCUGUUCGCCUUCUUUGGAAAAAUAUUAAUGCGCAGCAGGCAAUAUUUGGGCCGCUAUGGCCAAAUCGUUGGAGCACCGAAGAACCUCCCAAAAAUGUCACCCUGCUGAGAGGCAUCCUUCGUUGCAUCGAAUGGACGGAGCAACUUUGCAUAAAUUUUAUGAAACCUUCCGAGGAGCGCUCCAACAAACCUCAGCCUUGGGCUGUGCGAUACAAGACGGUAGUAGAAUUCAUCCUGAUCGCGCCCCUCUUUCACAAACCACACUUUCCACGCCUUACUGAAUUGAUUUGUAACUGCCAUUCACCCGCUCUGCGGGCUCUCCCUUACUGGCUUUCACCAGGACUACUCAAACUCGAGCUGCGGGUGAACCAAACGGACGCUUUAACCUCCCUGAUCCUUCGAACAUUGCAUGAGCACACCCCUCGUUUGACUUCCUUGAGUGUUUGCUUCGGUGAUGACAAGUCCAUUAGCUACGCUUCCCACGAUCUGUCUUCCAUGUUAAAUGCCCUCACUCAGUUGGAAGUCUUUAAAGCUCAACCGUCCCUAGUUUUUGAGCCCUCCAUGUGGAAAGAGCUGGCUUCAUUGCCAAAUCUCAGAUUGGUGGAAACCCGCUACCAGUUCGAACACCUACGGAAGGAGAAGUUCUGGCAUGUAGGUACCCUGGAGGAUGUGGAUGAUCCAUUCCCGACCCUGGAGUGUAUAGAUGGGAAGAUCCCGAAUGACUUGGUGCCCAAGGUCUUUGGAAUGCGAGGAAUCUUCAAACUGCGCCAUUUAAAAAUAUGGGUACUGGAUGCCCCUUCCGAGCUAACGAUUCAAACGAUCUUUCAAACGAUACCGGCUUAUUAUAACCAACUUGAAACGUUUUCGGUUGAGCUGUCAGCUUGGGAAUCUCCUCGCCAUGAUUUGACUACCUUUGUAUUCGAGCACCUCAAGACAUUCUCGCUCUGGACACUAAAACCCUUCGUCAUCGCGCCCGAUGCGUUCGUCGAGUUCACUCAGCGUCAUCCUGGUCUUCUUUCCUUGACAUUGAACUGUGAAUGGGACACGGAAACUGGCAUUGCCCCCGGCGUUGUACCCCGCAUCCUCAAAGCUUGUCCGUCCCUCAGAUUGUUGCACAUUUAUUUGCACGGUAGCCGUCUCGCGAUACGGCUCGUUGAUGAGGAAAUACAAAAGUUGCGUGCUGAACACGGCUUGCAACUCGAUGUCAAACAAGCGUAAGUUGGUGGUAAUGGAAGUUGGAAGAGGGUGGCUGCUCUUCAGGAGAACUGAUGACGUCGUCUGCGUGCAACAAUCAUACCUGGAA